UUUCAUUCAGUCGGUGUCCGGCCGAAACGAAAGAAUCUCUGCUAGCCCAGCAAACGAAAUAUUAUUAGAAUAAUUUAAUUAAUUUAAUCUGAUUUAAACUAAUUUAAUCACUCCCUCCGAACUUAACUUAUAUUCGACUAACUGCGUGAUUUUUACGAAACAAAGAACAAAGUGCGACGAACUUGGUGAUUUAUUCGAUUUAUGAAACGAAUCAACGAAAAUAUAUCCAAAAAUAUAGUGAAUCAAUUGUCGAAGAACUGCUCCACAUACCGACAAAAUUUCUAACAUUGUGCGCGAAGAAAAUAAUAGAAUAUUAGCGUAUUUACGUCAUUGCACAAGUUACACUGCUAGAAACUGUGGUAAACAAGCAGUAAAUGAACUGUUUACAUUACAAAAUCGUCGGAGUGAAGAGGAGUGAGUGAAUAUAUACACAGUUUGUACUGACAUCGGGGCAUGCCAAACUUUGGUCGAAUACGCCCUAGGAUUUCAGAGCUAAUGAUAGAGGACAAUCCAUGGAUGACCUAGUGAAGUAUAGCAGAGACUUUCGGUCGGACCACACCGCAUAUGAAAAACUUAUAAAAUAAGGAAAAUAAAAACCAAAUAUAACGACGGCAACAUUUUUAUAUACUAAAGUUACAUAAAAAUGGCUGAUACCCAAACAAAAACGACCUCUAGCAAGGGAUGCGACGGAAGCAGGACCGCCCACAUCCUAGUGCCACACAAUGGAACGUUGAAGCACAGGCCGGAUCCUGGCUCCAAGUCCAAUGAAAGCUUCCAGAGAGAAAAGGCGAGCAAACGCGAUACUGAAGAAUGGCAAGUUAUAGCCAAAAACAAACUGAAGCGCAAGAAGAACCUGAGCGCCUCACUGACAUCGGUUGGGGACACAGUGAAUCAGGAGAAGCGCACCCGCAUCGAGGGCAUCCAAUUGCACUGCCGCGGCAAGCUGCGGCCCAAGGACACGCAGUCCUUCGAGGAUGUUAAGGUACUGCCUGCAGGAUCCACAAAGUCUGCAGGAAAACACGAAAAAGAGCGCGAAAGAGAACGCCCUGUGAUAAUUGGGGGCGUGACUACAACAGCACCGCCCCAGCGGAUCAAACGGAAGCUCCAGGAGAAUCUGGACACCAUUCAGAAACUAAACGCCCUCACUGAACAGCUUCGACUGGAGGUUAAUGAACUCAAGUCGAAUCUGAUCACGGAACGAGGAGCAGUAAGAGCCCUGAGGGCACAAAAUGACGCGGAUAGCCGCCGCUGGAAGAGUGAAGUCAAGAAGCUACAGCACACUUUAGAAGUUGCCAAGAAGAGCAAUGGGCUAAAGAAACCCAUCGAAUCAGGACCGGAAUCGAGCGGCACCUAUGUGACCGCCGACGGCCUCAUGAACUAUGAAAUCCAAAGACUGACUAACGAGAUUGCCGUGCUUAAGGAAGCUAACCGAACAAAGGAGGAGAAGUCCCAGAUUAUGGGGCAGGCUGAUAGACUCAAGGCUGCCGAUAUGCGGCAAUUGAAGAACGCGUACGAAAACCGAUUGACUCACAUACAGAAAUCAGCCAAAAUUGAAAUAACACGUUUGCUAGAGGAAAUCAAAACCAAAGAACGUAAUAUAGGACAACUGAAGAAGGACUUGUUGGCAUUGCAGGGUCCCAAAAAACAAAAGCAGAAUGAAGCCAAAAUGCCAGCGACAACGAAACCCAAAACGAACCCCAACGAACCAGGCCAAAAGCCAAAGAAAUCCACUACGAACCCGGCUAAAGCAGCAGGAGAAACAAAAGCUAAAAACGAACCAGAUACAGAUAAAGAUUCACAAAAUCCCAUACGCCAGGCUCAAGUUACACCUGAGAUAACCCAACUCAAGAACAUUGAGCUAAUCAACAAUAAGAAAAAUGCGCAUAAAUCAGCGCUCGAGAUGCGCACAACUAUGAAGAGCAGUCAGACGAAUGGACUGGAUGAGAUGAGGGCCCCCAACGAGAUGGGGGCCACCACCUGGAUGACGACGCUGCUCGGCAGCCAUCCGACAGCCAAGCCAAAGGAACACAAUUCGGACACGGACUCGGCCCUGUCCUCGGCCCCGCCCUCGAUCAGCCCCCAGCCGCCGUCGAGUGGCUCGGACAGCGGUGUGAUUUGGCAGACGCUGCAGGACCUAGAGAAACUACAGAAGGAAGCAGAAAUGUACCAGAAGGAAAACGAGCGUCUGCAGGAAGAGGUGCAUCUGCUGAAACAGGAGCUGGAGGGCGCGGAGCAGGCGGCCCGGGCCACCAGCAUGAGCCAGAGCCAGCUCGGGGAGCAGACGCAGCGCGUCAAGGAGCUGGAGGAGGAGCGGACCCAGCUGUCCGACGAGUGCAGUGAGCUGCGCGAGCAGAAUGAACUCCUCGAGUUUCGCAUUCUCGAGCUGGAAGAUGAUAACGAUAAGAUGGAAAGUACCUGCGAGGGCCACUGUCAACGCCUGCAAACUAUUUUAGAGAAAAGCUCCCAGACUUUGGAGGAUCGGGAGAGACGGUGCCUUCAGCAGUUGAUGCACUGCGUUCAGCAGCUGGACCUGGAUUCAAUGAUGACAGGAGAACAGAACCCCACGGAAAGCCCACGAAGGCACCAACACAGCCAGCAGCAGCGGAUUGUUGCCACCGUCCAGCCGUACAGCAACUGUGCCACGCCCACAGCCCCGCCCACGCCCAGCAAACGCCACUGCAGUCAGAUAGCCUCGUGGCAGACCAGCAGCCUCAGUGAGAGCGGCGUCUUCGUCGAGUGCGACCUAACACCAUCGAGCCAAUCAAUCUCGUCCAACCACCCCCACCUGCUGUUCUAUCAGGAGCGGCUCGAGCAGCUCGAAGGAAAGCUCCAGAUCUACGAGAGCACCGGGGAGACCCAGGCGCGCCUCCUGGCCCAGCGAUUGCAAAAACAGCUGCUGCUGGAGAAGGAACUGAAGCAUUUAACGGAGCGGGUGGAGCUGCUGACUGAGCAGAACGCCCUGUUGGACGAAGCCAAGUGCGAGUUCGAGGAGGCCGAAAACGAUACACGGCUGCAUCUGCAGCAAAACGAGGAGGAGCUAGAGGUCCUGCGCCAGCGCAACGUCGAACUGGUGUUCGACAAGGACGCCUUGAGCGCCAAGUACCAAGACUGCCGCGCCGAAGUUGUGAUCCUUCGCGAGGAUCUCGACGCUGCCGAGACCCAGUUGAUGCACCUCCAGUUGGAGAAGAAACAAGCCAAGAAGGAACUGCAGGACUUCCGCAAAUCGCUGCCAUUGCUUCUGAUCUGUCGCCUACUGGCCCUCGCCAAGAUGGGCAAUAGUCUGUCCUCGCCGGAAAAUAGCCCCCGCCAUCGCCUCUCCUCGGGCUACCACACAUCCGCUGUAGAAGAGUCCAAUGCAAAGAUGGGAGCCUCUGACUUUGGUCUGAGCCCGAGCGGUUUCUCCGAUCUUGGUGAGGGCCGAGAUGUGCUGUAUCUUAAGGAGGAGGUGAAGAGCCUGCGCAGCCAGCUCAAGGAGCUCAAUGCCCGGCACUACGAGGCCAUGGAGACUGCCGACUCCCACUGGGUCGAUCUGGAGCAGCAGUACAAGGAGCGGGAAGAAGCCUACCGCGGCAAGGAAACCAGCCUGAAGCAAAAGAUAACCCAGCUGCAAGACUGCCUCAGGGACGACUCCCGGGCGGCGGCCGAAAAGAUACAGCAGUUGGAGGAGGCGGAGCAAGGUCUCAAGACCUGCUUGGUGCGCCUGACGAAGGAGCACCGCGAAUUGCUCGCCGAGAACCGAUCGAUGCAGUGCAGCUUGGAGAAUGUAAUGGCCAAGAUGGAGGUGGAGGCGGAGUUCAAGGUGCCGCUCACUGAAGCCCUGGAGAGCGAGAAGAAACGCUGCCAGGCCCUGAUGGAUGACCUGACCUUUGCCAAGAAGAUUCAGCAAAACACGGAGGAUCAGCUGAGACAGGAGACAGACGCCCUGCGCACGCAGAUUUUCGACAUCAAGAAGGAGUACAUGCACAUAGAGGUGACCAACGGGGAGCUAAAGGAGGAGGUGGGCACGCUGGAGAACAAGAUCCACCAGAUGGAGGCGCAGCUGAAGGAGUCCGAGGAAAGGGCUCGCUGCCUGGAAGACGAGCUUCGCACCAAGGACGAGCAGUGCUUGUUAAUGGAGCGGAAGUUUGGCGUCAUUCCCGAAGGAUUCAGCCUAGCCGAUGAGCUUUACGACAGUCCAGCCAAGCGGGCCAAGAAGAAUGAGAUUCCAGAUCUGCAGACAGCCAGUCAGGGAUUGGGUUUGGCAUUGCUGGACAUCGAGCGCCGCGAGCUGGAACUUCCCACCCACAAGGACUUCCAGGCGAUAGCGUGCAGUGUAAAGCAUUUGGCGGACACCCUGCUCUCCCAGAGCCCGUCCGAGAAUGCCCGGCUCUGAUGUAUAUGCAGGACGAGCAACCAACCGGAAGCGACCCCAACUCCCGCGCCCAACAAACCGAAACAUCCCACCUGAGAGACCACUGGAAGCCAA